AUGGACGCGUCCGUGCCGCACACCCAUGUCCAGGAGCACGCGUCGACUGCGGCAGAGGCACUCAUGGAGCUCGGGUUCCGCUCCACUUCGUCGGAAGAGAUUGACGACGAUUCUGAGCGGACAGUUGAACGGGCUGUUGCUGAGCCCGAGUCAGGGAAUGAUGGUGAUGAACGGGCAGAUUUACGGGCGAAUGAAGCGGAUGGUACCCGGACAGUAGAACCAAUUGCUGGAGGCGGCACUGAAGCAGUGACACCGAGGUCUGCGGAACAAGACGAGAAGCAUCAUGGUCAAGACGCGAAUCUCGAUCGCUCCGCUGCGGAUGAGUCUCAGGAGGGAGUGGAGGCGGCCGUGCUGCUGGAAGGUGGAGAGGGAGAAAGAAAUGAGUUUGACGCAGAGCAAGGCGACGUUGACAAGGAUUUGCAGGCUUCAAACGUCGCGGAGGAGGAUGGGGAGAACAAUCCGGGGCGUGAUCGAGAAGGGGGGAACGUUAAGGUGGGCGGUGAGGAGAACUUCGGGAACGUCGCCGCGACUGGGGAAAAGCAACGUGGCACCAAGGCUUUGUCCGUGCCUGAGAAAGCAUCACCCGUGCGUGGCCGCUCAGAUAGCAGCUUGCGGCGCGCGCAGGAGCACCACGUGGCGACGCGGAGCAGCAACAGCCCUCUCACUCCCGGGGGCGCGCAAACGCCGCAAACGGCUGAGGUCAAAUCCGUGCAGACGCCUUCCACGCAGCCGCCGCAGCAUGCGCAGUCCGGGCUGACGACCGUCCCUGGAGUGCCGAUUCAGCCGGCCCCGAUUCAUUUCAAGUCUCCUCUCCCCCUGUGCGUUUGUCUUCCUGUGCAAUUCCCGCGUGCCCCUCUGCUGCCAGCCUCUGACGGCGCGCUGGUGUCGCUCGUCCCGGCCGCCUCCGAGGACGGUCAGUUUCAGUGGAUCCAGCCGCCGCAAUUCGUGGCGGCGCCGCAAUUCAUGGCGGCGCCGCAAUUUGUGGGCGGAGCGCAACUUAUGGGCGGGGCGCAAAUCUUGGGCGCGCCUGGACACGGCGGAGGACUGAUGCCCGCGGGACCUGUGUCGUUCUUCCGCACAUCGUCCUUCACCACUCCUGUUUCCGCGACGGGAAUCGAGGGAACGUUUGUGGGGAACGAUGGAGUCAACGCCACCGCGCGCGGCGUUUCCGGGGAUCUGUUCGGCGGGAACGCGGGGGACGAGAUGAUAGAAGGUUCGUUGGACGACUUAAUAAUCUGCACUCCCACAGGCGGGUUUCCCAGCGGGUUUCACGGGCAGAUGGGCUGGGGAGGCGAGCGAACGAGCCGAGCGGGACGACGCACGCAGCUUUGGGAGGGCGACCCGCAGCUGGUGUACCGUUUGCAACAGAGUUACCACACAGACGACUCCGCCGCCGCCGACACGAAACUCGACCCCGCAACCAUUGCCAUCACCGGCGCCGAAAACGCUUUGAUUAGAAACGAUUCGAUAAGAGGCGACGGGGGCGAGGAGGAGGCCUUGCCCGCAGAAACUAGAGGUAAUCAGGAGGCCUCCACGCCCCCAGGGAUGGGACCAGAAUCCCGGGAUGUGGCGCAGUCGACGGCGACAAUGGAGAGUUAUCGCGGAGCUAUGGCGAGCGGUCAGCUGCCGUUGCAUGUGAAAGUAGAGUUUCCGACUCCGUCGCCUAGAGGCGGCCUACCGUCGCCAGGCAGGGGUGGACUUGCCUCCUCGUCUCCCAGCAAUCGCGGGGGACUGGGGUUCUCGUACCACUCGCCGAUCCCGCUGUGCUCGCCGUCGCCGCUGCGACUGUGUGCGAUGGAGCUGGGCGACAUGGCGGAGCCGAAUCUGUGGCUGUCGCCGCCCGCCAGCACCAAGUAUACGCUCGACAAGCUCGGCGACUUCCCGCCCUUCUCGCCGCGGCUUCCCGCGAUCGUGCGCGGCUACAGCGGUGAGUUCUCAGCAGCCCUGCCGUACCUGGAUCCAAGCGCGCACCAGCAGCCUUCCAUGAUGUCGCCUUCCAAGGGAAAACCGCCCGGAUCCGCCCCCCCAGAAUCCGCUCCACCGCAAGCGCCUGGCGGACCAACCGCCGACAGCGCAGAAAACCCGCCAGUUUCCGCUUCCGCUAUGGGUUCUGCCGCCCCCCAGUCCGGUUCUCCGCGGGAAGCCAGGCGGGGAACGGCGGAGGAUGAGGGAGACGCCGCGCGGGAAGAUGGUCAGGCUGCGCGGAGGGAGGACGAGGCGAUUGAUUCAGCGGGCGCGAGGCGGGAGAGUGGGGCGGCGGGAUCAGCGCGAUUGGUUAGUAGCGGUUCGCCAGGGAGCGGAGUGAGAUAUGGCGGGAUGCGCGGGCGGUCGCUGCUACAGCAGUGCCUAAUCAUGGGCGUAGAGCAACGCGCCUCGCGCGCCGUAACGGUCGCUGGUGCUGGCGCUGCUGCUGGUGCCGGUAGCAGUGCUGCUGCUGCUGGUGGUGCGGGGGGCAGCGCUGCUGCUGGUGCUGGUGGUGACAACGCUUCCGGGCUCGACCGCGAUGUUGAAACAAACGAGACGGACGAUCAGGCCGAAAAGACCGACAAGAACGAUAGGAGCGAGAAGAACGAGAAGUCUGGCCGUGAAGUGCACGACCGUGCGGCGGGAUGGAGUCCUUCGGUGUUGAAAUGGAGAGCGGUGGGGUGGGAUGGCCGUCGGCUUGGCGAGCAGCGUGACGUGCGAGCACAGCAGGAGAGGUCGGCUCUUGGUGCUGCAGUCUCGAAUUCCACGCACGCCUCUACUCCACCGCUCUCGCCUCCGCAGGGCCCGCGAGGAGAAUCUGCCAGUGCUGCUGGUGCUUCUGGGGUCCGUGCUCAUGGCGAGGGAGAAACGAAUGUUGGUGGUGGUACGGAUUGUCUCAGCACGGAAAUGGGUGGGCAGCAGUCCCAGCAGCACGUUGGUGGAAUUUCAGGCGAGCAGUUCUGUCGCGAAAGCGAUUCUGCGAAACAUGGCGAGAAUUUGUCGCGGGCGAAUGUUACCUCGGGAGGGAGGUCGUUCGUGGUUGGCUCGUUAGGCUCAACACUUACGGAACGAGUCAGUGUACUGGAACUCGAGAACAAACAAACAACGCGUGCGGGCAAUAGCGAGGACGGCGCGACCAACACUGCAAAUUCUGAUGGGCCCAACUCCAGUGGCAACAGCCGCUCAUCGUCGAAUCUCGACAGCCGAAGCGCGGACUCGAACGACGAAGACGACGGUGAGGAUGGGUCGGGAGUGGUGGAGAAGGAGGAGGGCGCGCGGGAGGAGGACGGGGGAGAGAGCAGUUUAUCGGGAAAAGCCGCGGCAGCGAACAGCGCUAAAGGCGGCGACGACCGGCGCGAUGCGAAUCUGGGUGAUGGGGGUGAUGGAAGCAAUGGUGACGACAGAGCGAGGCUGACGGCGGACGAAGGUGAUCAGGCGUUGGAGUCACCGGCGGACGAGCCGCCGUCUGUUUUACCGGCGGGCGCGGAACGUAGGCGCGCGGAGCGUACGGGCGCUGAAAGGGAGGGCGCGGAAGGUAGAUGCGCGGAAAGCAGCCCAAACAAGGGCUCCGCGGGCUUGGUGAGGCCGCAGCCGCGCAGGGCGCGGAGCGGCGAUCAUGCCAUCUCCCCGUCCUUCUCGAUUCCUGUAUCUCCUGUUUUUGGAUCCCCCUCGAUUCCCGCAUCCCCUGUUCCCAAAGUUUCCCGCUGGGGGGCGCCUGAGCGGAAUGCGCCUCAAUCCGCUGGCGAGGGGCGUGCGGCGGCGCAGGCGCCGGCGCUACAGCCUGCGGCGAAUGUGCGCCUAGUGCAGGCUGCGGCACAGUCACAUUCGGAGAAGCACCACGAGCAUGGUGAAGCAGGGGGGCGGGUUUUCGAGUCUACGUCACAAUUGAGUGGCGGGAGUGAGGGGGGUGGGAGAGGUGCGCGUGAGGGGGCCGUGACGUCCUCCCAGCCGACUGCUGCUUCUGCCCCCACCGGAUCCAUUUCUGGCGUGCAAGUAACGCCCCCUGGUGCGGUGCAGGGUGGUGGUGCGGUGCAGAGUGGUGCGGCAGGGGAGGCGUGGAAGCAGAGGCAGUUGCAGGCGCAUGAGCUCAGGCGGCAGAGGCAGCAACAGGCGGUCGCAGGGCUGGAAACAGGGAUGGAGGCGAGUGGCCAUCCCGCUGACGUCAUGGAGGGGAGGGAUCAAGAAGAUGACGUCAUGGAUAUGCAAAUUGAACUGGAUGGAUUGGGUGAUGAGGGUAUGUGCGCCAUGGGGGAAGGGGGUACAUGCGGCAUCGGGGGUGGGGGAGGAGAUGGGGGAGUGGCAUUGGUGGGAGGAGGGGAGGAGGUGAAAGAAGCUGUGAGCGUGGCAGGAGUGGGGGGAGGAGCUGAGGUGGAGAGGGACCCCCCUGUGAAGUCGAGGCUGACCAAGCGGUGGGAGGCGUCGCUGUGGACCAACAAGAAGCAGCUCUACCUGGGUGGGUAUGAUGCAGAGGAGAAGGCAGCGCGGGCGUAUGACAUAGCAGCACUGGCGUGCAAGGGAGCAGAGGCAAUCACCAACUUCCCACGGGAGAGCUACGCAGACAGCAUCGGGGAGUACCUUGGGAUCUCCUGCGAGGCACUCAUUGCGAAGCUGCGAAGGGAGAGCUCCGCCUUUUCUCGAGGACGAUCCAAGUUCCGCGGGGUGUCAGGGCAGGAGGGGCGGUGGGAGGCACGCAUCGGGUCGUAUUUCGGGCGGCGGAACGUGUCUUUAGGCGUGUAUGAGACGGAGGAGGCGGCAGCAGAGCAGUACGACCGCGCGCUGAUAAUUCAGAAGGGCACGCGGGCUAAGACCAACUUCUGCAUCUCCAAAUACAUCGCCGAGCACCUGCAGCACAAGGGCACGUGGGCCAAGACCAACUUGUACAUCUCCAAUCACAUUGCCGGGCACCUGCAGCACGUGAGUAUGCAUGUAUGA